UUUUUUUCUACCUAACAGGAGGGAAGAUAAUCUGGACAAAGAGGUGUCUGUGAGUGGAUUUUCAAGAGAGAUUCAAGAGUUCAACGAACAUUUUAAUGUUGGGAAAGAUUUUGACACAACAGUUGAAGACGACUCUCACAGCGAUGAGGAUGAAGAAAAAGAAGAAGAAGAAGAAGGUGAGGAUGGCAACGAUGAUAAUGAUGGAAGUGGUGAUGAAGGAGAGGUCCCACCCCUUGAACAAGAGGAAGCCUCUAAGGUACCAGACCAGACUCAGACAUCAGGCCUUACAAAAGAGGAACUUGCCAAGUUGCAGGAUGAGAUAGAGGUAUUGUGUAAGGAGCUAAAUAUAGAGGCUAAAAUUGACCAAGCUGAAAAUGACAAGAUGGUGAAUAUGAUUGUAAAAGAGUUAAAUAUGGGCGUGGAAAAACAGAAAGAAUUAAAUGAGAGACGAAAGAAGGAUGGCAACAAAGAGGCAAGGCUGCUCUUCAUAAAGCACUUGGCCAAUGCCCGAGAGGUACGUCAGCUCUGCGAAGAAAAUGGAGAGGAAGCCCCACCACUUGGUGACCUGUUACAAGAAACAAUGAGUGAUGUACACAGUGUCUGCAGCUUUUCAACAACAGCAAGUACCAUAGAACCAGAGGAGAUUAAACGGCGAAUGCAGAAGGACCUUACAAGACGGGAAAAGAAGCAGAUUUCCAAGAAGAAUUUGAGGGUGAAGGGGGAAGCAAAUGCAUACAGGAGAUCCAAACUGGCAAAUGAAGCCACAAUCAAAGAGUCGGUGGGAUGGGAUGAGUAUUAAAUGAAUUAUAUGUUUAAAAUAAACUAUACUGAACAAAA